AUGCUGUGGUUCCCGGUGAAGAAGAUCCGGAAGCAAUUCAAGUUGCUGCUGCUGCUGGUGCUGCUCACCUUCGCCGUGUGGUUCACCUACCUGCACAUCAACCUGGUGCGCCAAGGCAAGGCGCUGCGCUUGCACUUCGCCUAUGGCCGAGAUGGUGAGCGACUGGGAGAAGAGACAGACCCUGGCAAGCGAGCAUCUGGGGCCCAUGUGCCCUCUCCUCAUAGGAAGGCUGAGGACUCCAGUGAGAGCCGGGAAGAUGAACAGAUGGUAGAAGAUCAAGGAGUUCAUGGGUGGUUUUCUAAAAGGUAUAGUCACGACAGAACUGGAAGAGCCUCAAAACCAAAUGUAACAAGCCAUGUUCUGCCUUGGAAUGAGGAGUACAAAGGGAGAGCAAACUUGCAUGUAUUUGAAGAUUGGUGUGGAGGAGCUGUGGGACAUCUAAGGAAGAAUCUGCAUUUUCCCCUAUAUCCUCAUACUCGUACAACAGUAAAAAAGUUGGCUGUGUCACCCAAGUGGAAAAAUUACGGGCUACGUAUUUUUGGCUACAUUCAUCCCUUCAAAGAUGGAGAUUUUCAGUUUUCUGUAGCUUCGGAUGAUAAUUCUGAAUUUUGGUUCAGCUCUGAUGAGACCCCAGCCAAUAUACGUCUGGUGGCGUUUGUGGGCAAGCUGGGCUCUGAGUGGACUGCUCCAGGAGAAUUCACAAAAUUUAGCUCUCAAGUCUCGAAGCCAAUCCGUGUCCUUUCCUCCAGACGCUACUACUUUGAGCUCCUCCAUAAGCAAGAUGACCGUGGAUCAGAUCAUGUGGAAGUGGGUUGGCGAAUUUUCCUUCCCAGCUUCAAGUUUGAAGUCAUUGAUUCCCCAUACAUCUCACUCUAUACAGAUGAAUCCAGCCUGAAAAUGAAUGAGGUAGACCAUGUGCCUCAGUCUCUUGCUAGCCACGCUGACAGCUACCUCUGGGGUGCACAAAGGGAUGAACAUGGAGCUGAUAUGCUGAAGCCUGACCCUCGGGAUAUUUUCUUCCUCACUCCCAAGAUUGAGCCGUCCCAUGUGGAGAAUGUGCUGGUCCCCUGUGCCUAUAGCCCCACAUAUGUGGUGAAGGACUUUCCCAUUGCCCGCUAUCAGGGCCUGCAAUUUGUCUACCUCUCUUUUGUUUAUCCUAAUGAUUUCACCCGGCUUACACACAUGGAAUCAGAGAACAAAUGCUUCUACAGAGAAUCUCCAAUGUACCUAGAGAAAUUUGGCUUUUCUAAGUACAUGAAAAUGGAUGAAGAGGAAGAAGAUUUACACCAGAAAGCCUUCCUCUUCCUGAAUCCUGAUAAUUUCCUUGACGAGGAGGAAGAAGGUGCUGAUAGUCCUGAACCUACUGACACUUUUCCUGAUGUCAAGAGCCCCAGUGAGUUGGAUGCCCAUGUGUUCAUUGGAAUGAAGAGAAAAGAUAAGCCCUUAGCCACAAAAGAUUAUGGGAAUAAUAUGGAUUAUAAUAGCUUUCACCAGAAGCAAGAGACGUUCAAUGAAGAAGGAGACUUCACAAGGCAGCCUGUCUCUAUAGGCCCAAGCAGUGAACCUAGCCUGAGUCCUCAGACUCCAUCUAAGGGCUUCCAGGCUUAUGAGAAUGCAGCACCCUUUGGAGAACAUGUCAUUAUCAAUGGCCGGUCUCUCAACUGGGCACAAGAUGUGGAGAUGGGAAGGAAGGAAGGUGAUCAGGGACUACUGUCAUCUUCAAAAAAAGGCACCUCUUUCAGCCUCCAGCCUCACCUUUCUGUGCCCUUCUUUGCUGGAAAGCCCAAGCAGCAGAGUCCUAAGGAGGAGAAACAAUCCAAGAAAGAGACAAACAAACCUCCAGAGAAAGUAUAUGUGACCAGGUUGCAACCCAGUAAGAAGAAGGCCCCAUCACAGAAGGAUGUUUUCCCUGGAGUCUUCCUCUAUCCUAGAUCUCCAAGGAAGGUGCAAUGGAACUCCAGGAUCGCUCAGGGUCGCCCUGCUCCCUCCAACAAACUUCAUUCUCCCUCUGCCCAUAGAACAUCUCCGCUUGUUGCUAAUACCACCAAGGAAACAGGUCUUUCUAAAAGGAAAGGCCUACAAGUCAGCCGGAAAUGGGAACCAUUUUAUGGUAGGAAACCUUUCAAAGGCAGUAUUAAGCGGCAGAUGCAUCCAAGUGCCUCAAUCUUGCCUGCAGAAGGACUGUUCAGCAAAGAAAACUUUGAAAUCACCACUCCAGCAAGGACUAUGUUAGAUUUAAAUCAUUCAGAGGUAGUGCUGUCUGAAGGUGUGCAAGUGACCUCCUUCCUACAGAUGUCAGAAAUGACAGAAUCUCAGCAAAAGGCGCUUGGAGGCCCUGAGAAGACCCAGGAGGAAGAAGUAGAAGAGGAAGUGUCUGAUUAUAGUUAUGAAAACUCUGAGAUUCAGCAGAGUUGGCUAGAGGAUUCCAUCAACUGGCAACGGACGUUUAGUGUCAGCCCUGUGGAUUUUGAAUUGCUCCGUUCAGACUGGAAUGAUCUGAGGUGCAACGUUUCGGGAAACUUGCAGCUGAGUGAAAGCGAGGUGGUGGAUGUGGUGGCUCAGUAUAUGGAGAAACUCAAUGAGAAGAAUGGCGGCAUCUACACUCUCUUGCGAAUCAUUAAUGUUGAGAAGCGGAGAGACACAGCUCGAGGCAACCGCUAUCUGAUGGAGUUAGAGCUGAUGGAGAAGGGCCAGAGAACAGUCCGGCUCUCAGAAUACAUCUAUGUCCUGCUCCACCAGGGCAAGUCAGAAGACAGCACUGAAGUCAACCCAGAAGGGCCUGCAACUGUGUCCACUCAAUCUCAACCAUCACCUAGUGCCUGGAGUCUUCUGUACGGAAAACCCAUCCUCUGCCGACCUUUGCGGCUCAGCUGGAGGCAUGAUGUUAUGAUACAUUUUGUCGUCCCAGUGAAGAACCAAGCACGCUGGGUACAGCAGUUCAUCUCAGAUAUGGCCAGCCUAUUUCUGAACACCAAGGAUGCCAACUUCAAUAUCAUAUUGGUGGAUUUUGAUAGUGAUGACAUGCAUGUGGAGAAAGCACUUCAGGAGGCUCACCUGCCCAGGUACCAGUAUUUGAAACGUACAGGGAACUUUGAGCGCUCUGCGGGUUUACAGGCUGGGGUGGACGCCAUAGAGGAUGGUAGCAGUAUUGUAUUCCUUUGUGACCUGCACAUUCACUUUCCCCUCAAUAUUCUGGACAGCAUCCGGAAACACUGUGUGGAGGGAAAGCUGGCCUAUGCACCCAUUGUCAUGAGACUGGGCUGUGGGAGCUCUCCACGAGAACCCAACGGCUACUGGGAAGUAAAUGGCUUUGGCCUCUUUGGGAUCUAUAAGUCUGACUUUGAUCGUAUUGGGGGGAUGAACACAGAAGAGUUUCGGGACCGCUGGGGCGGGGAAGACUGGGAGCUGUUGGACAGGGUGCUUCAAAGCGGGUUAGAGGUAGAACGUUUGCGACUCAGGAACUUUUACCAUUACUACCAUUCCAAGCGUGGCAUGUGGAAUUCACACAACAAGAAGACACCCAAAGACUAA